AUGAAGGUAAGAAAUUAUAUCGUCUGCUUGUAUACAUUAACAACCAUGGCAGUAGAGGAGAAUAGCGCGAAGAGGCAAAGGAAGUCGAACUGGAGUUCAAGAGAAGAGAUCAUCCUUGUUGAGGAAGUUCAAAAAAGGGAGUCCCUAUUAUUUGGGAAGUUGUCGGGGCCAGGCAGGACUGCCUUAGACAAGGCGAAAGCCUGGCAGGAUAUUGUCAGUCACUUGAAUGCUGGUAAAUCUGCCCAAAGAAGUGUGUUAGAAAUUAAGAAGAAGUACCAGAAUAUCAAACAGAAAGCAAAAGAGAAGAGAAGUGAUAUCAUGAGGCCCAAAACAGGAGGGGAAAAAAAACCAUCAUCACCAAGUGCCAGCGAGCAGCUGGUACUGGACAAUUUUGAGGGGAGGCCUAGUAUGUGUGGCCUUACCAGUGGAAUAGACACAGCUGGUAACAGAUGUUUACAAUAG